AUGGUACAAGAAAGAGAACUUGAAAGAAAACGUAUUGCAGAAGAAUGUAUAAAAAAUAUUAAUUCUGUGAGGCAAAAAUUUAGAUUCUAUCUCAUUGAAUUAGGAGAUAAAAGCAUCAAGGUCGAGCCUUCAGAAAAAGAGGUUGUUUUCGAGAACAAAAACGAAAUUUGUGAUAACAUUAUUAUGGAAUAUGAAUCUUGGUUUUUCCUUGAACAAAUUGAAACUAAAGGAUAUUAUUCAAGGCUUUUUGAACUUAUUGAAGAAAAGGAAAAUGAAGAUAACUAUUCAAAGCUUUGCAAGGUAAAUGAUUUCGAGGUAAUGGUUAAUGAAAGAGAACUUAAAAGGUUAGAUAUUGCAAAAACGU